CAUCUCCUCCCUCGACUCUGCUUUUGAUUUUCCUUUCCUCCCUCUUGUUUCCAAAUUUCACCACCACCCCUGCAUAUGAUAUGAAAGCCUCCUCGUCUUCUUUGCCCUUUUAUUUUUCCUUCUCCUUCUCUUGAAUCUCUGCAACCCACUUGCUGUUUAGUGAAGAAGAGGCCUUCAAAGAGAGAAUUUUGAGUAAAAGAUUGAUUUGUGCAAUUUCUCAUACAUACGAUACGGCUUUGCUCAACCAGGAAGAAAUGAUUAUUGUUGAGUGCUAGCUUUAAUGAGACAAUUUAUGUUAGUGACCUGCCAAGUUAUAGCCCCAUUUAGUUACUCUGAUUAAUCUGGAUACUGGACAGCUUGCUCAAGCAGGAAGAAAUGAGUGCUUACCAGGCUUUUAAAGCAUGUGUGCCAAUUGAAUGGAGUGAUAAGCUGUAUAUAACCCUUGUUAGGGGUAUGCCUGGAACCAGGGAGCUCCAUAGGCGGACAUUAGAGGCGCUGCACCUCCGCAAAUGCAACCGCACGGUUGUGCGGAAAAAUACUCCUACAGUUCGUGGAAUGCUUCAGCAGGUGAAAAGAUUGGUUGCGAUUGAGACGAAGGAAAUGUACGAGGCUCGGAAACAAAGAGAGGCUAAUCAGAGAGCUCUGCGUCCACCAUUGGUUAUCAGUCAUCAUCCUGCUCCAAAGACUGAUUCCUCUCAGUAAUCUUAAGAGAUUCUUCAAGGUACCUAGCACAGUUAUUGUCUGAAAUUUCCCAAGGCACUGAUUGUGAUUCAGAUCUUUUGAUAAACAGAAGUUUCAUUUGUAGCUGAGCUUGUGUUAAAGCUGUAAUGUCCUGGAAGAUGAAUAGAAUUUGAGUUGUUGCAGAUUUGGAUUCAGGGAGCGUAGAUUGCGGAGACUUAGGCGGUUAAUGCUUUUUCAUCAGGGGGUUUUCCUUUUGGAAUGAGAUCAUUAGUUAGUGGAUUAAUGGAUUUUUGCACUCCUGUUUGUAGAAAUACUUUCAUGUUAUAUUUUAGUUCAUUGCUUGAUGUAUCUUGCUUUGAUGCAUCAACAUAUAAACAAAUCCCUGCCAUGAACUUUAAAAGUUGUCUAGUUGCUAAUGGUCCAGUAAUCUUUGAUAGCUUUCUGGUUACUUGGCCUUUCCAUAAGCUGGUGAAAGGGCUUCUUAAGUUAAUGCUUGAUCAAAUUUCUGAGAUCGCUCCAAUGCCUAGGGAUUGUUGACCAGUGGUAAAAGAUUACAGAAUACCUACCAUGAACUGAAGGACACCUUUUGUAUUUGAGUAGAUCUCGCUCAAUACAAGGAUAUUGAAGGAACCCUUUGUAUAGAAAAAUUUUAUUCAUCUUCAAAUGAAAUUGGAGGAAAAUACAAGGACAUUGAACACCAAAUUUGGGCACAAGGAUUUAUCA